AUGGGGGCUGCUGAUAUGAACGAUCCUUUCACGCCCGAUUUCUCCGAGUUUGUCAACAAGGCCCUUGACAGAUGGAAGCUUGCCGGUAUCUCGAUCGCGGUUGUGGAUGGAGAUAACGUCUAUUCAAAGGGCUACGGGUAUGCGAAUUUACCAGAUGUCCCCGCUACACCAGAGACUCUUUGGUAUGGUGGAUCAACAACCAAGGCAUUUGUAACGGCAACCCUGGCUCAUUUGAUCGAGACUAAGAAAUACCCUGCCCUCUCCAAUGGCUGGCAGACUCCAGUCUCAUCAAUCAUUCGAGACGACUUUGUCACACAAGAUGAUUGGGCAACAAACAACAUUACGCUCGAAGACCUAGCGUGUCAUCGAUCGGGCCUACGCAACAAUGAUAUGGGUCUUAGAUUGUAUGAGAACGGUCGUCCAUGGGAGAUUCGAGACAUUGCUCGCAAUUUGAGGCACUCACCCCUUCAAUGGCAACCUCGAACAAAGUUUGACUACAACAACGAAGGUUACGCAACGCUAUCGUAUGUGAUUGAGACGAUCACGGGGAAGUGGCUUGGUGAUGUGCUCAAAGAAACUAUCUGGAGCCCACUUGGAAUGACUUCCACAUACCUUGAUUUGCAACAGGCUAAAGAUGCACCAGAGGACUUGUCAACAGGCUAUUACUGGGAUAGUUCAGGAAAGCAAUAUGCCCCCAUCCCAUUCUUACCCACAGACAUCGUUAGCGGAGCAGGAGCUAUCAUUUCCAACGUCAAUGACUAUACCAAGUGGAUCAGAUGUCUACUCCGUAAAGAGGGACCUCUGUCAAAAGUAGUACACAAAGAUAUACGCAAGCCACGAGUCGUUGACAAUCCAGAACCUGCUCGCGGUAUGGACGUAUCUCUAUACGGUCUCUCCUGGUGGCGCACAUCUAUUCAAGGCCAUGUGGUUUAUUGGCAUUCUGGGUCUGUCGUGUCUCACGGUGCACUAAUCUACUGGCUUCCAGAGUUCGACUAUGGAGUUGUUCUCCUUGCCAACUAUCCCAAUGAUGUGAGAGAAGUCAUUAUGAGGCGACUGAUUUAUGACAAACUUGGGGUUCCAGCAGAUGAACGAUUUGACAUUGAGAAAGAGUUGCGAAUGGCACAACGAAAAAGAGAAGAGACCAUUGCGAACGCAGCGACCACUCUUUUCCCGAAUUUACCAGCCAAACCCGCUCCACCCCAUGUCGACAUCGAAAGCCUUGCAGGAAGAUAUUAUGCUCCAGGAAAUGGAACCUUUGAGUUCUCGUGUAUCAAAUGCAAGAAAAGCGGAAAGAUGGAGCUUCUGGCUGACCGUACGGAUUUACUAUGGAAGAGUCGCUUUACGCUUCGUCACGCGUCGGGGAAUUUCUGGGUGAUGCUGGUCUCGCUUCUCGAAGAUCCAUCGAGACUAUCAGACGCGUUCCUAGGUGCCGAGUUCAGAUUUGGCAUCGAUGACUCGCCUAGCGAGCUUAUCGUCACAUUCCCGGCUGGUGAUUACAGCCGUGAGAUUAUACUGAAGAGGGUGAAAUAG